GGAAUAUGGGUAGGAACGAAAAACCUGAACGUGAUAGCGUGUUGUUGUAACGCUGUGUCAGUAUGGCGGGAGCUUCGUCUGUAGCCGGUGAGGUGUUUGUGGACGCUUUGCCGUAUUUUGACCAGGGCUAUGACGCUCCCGGAGUCAGAGAAGCAGCCGCUGCGUUGGUGGAGGAGGAAACCCGGAGAUACAGACCUACAAAAAAUUACCUGAGUUACCUCCCGACGCCGGACUUUUCAGCUUUUGAAACCGAGAUCAUGAAGAACGAGUUUGAGAGACUCGCUGCACGUCAGCCAUUGGAGCUUUUGAGCAUGAAGAGGUACGAGCUGCCCGCUCCAUCGUCAGGCCAGAAGAACGACAUAACGGCAUGGCAGGAGUGCGUGAAUAACUCGAUGGCCCAGCUCGAGCACCAGGCAGUGCGCAUAGAGAACCUGGAACUCAUGGCACAGUACGGCACCAACGCCUGGAAGGUGUCGAACGACAACUUGGCGUUCAUGAUUGAAAACGCACAGAAGGAGCUGCAGAAGGUUCGGAAGAGCAUUCAGGACUUAAACUGGCAGAGAAAAAACGAUCAGCUCACCGCAGGCGCCAAGCUGCGAGAACUGGAGUCCAACUGGGUGUCCCUCGUGAGUAAGAACUAUGAGAUCGAGCGAGCCAUCGUGCAGCUGGAGAACGAAGUCGGCCAGAUGAGACAGCAGGGAGACGAGAACAAGGAGAACAUCCGACAGGACUUCUAGUAAGUGACGUUCCUGUCCAGCACAAUAUGGAACAACAGAUGGAUGCGUCGUCACGGGGGAAAAAAAUCCAAUGCAAGUCUGGAGAAAAGACAUUUUCAGACAGAAGCAUGUGGAGAUGUUUCCAUACUAUGAAGUGAGCAGAGGAAAUGGUAUUGAAGACCGAAGAGCCCUACAGUACUGCAGUUCAGAUCAGCAUAACAACUUUGAUUUGUAUGUUUGUAGGAUGAUUUUUUUAGUCUUUGCAUUUUUUUGUGUGUGAGAAUGUUAACUAACUGUAUUUUUAUAAAAUGCAAUAAAUGAACAUUUGAAACAAAAAACUAAAUUAAU